UCCAAAAUCAUUGUUAUUAUAUUUUGGAAAUUCCCAAAAAAAAAAAUCUCUUCCCCUCAACAUUAUAAUUUGCCCGCUUCAAAAAUCAAGCAGCUUAAAGCAUACAAAUUUUAUACAAAAACUAGUUUUCCCAAAAGUAUAUUCUGAAUUUUUGAUACCUCCGUCAUUUUUUUGCUAGCCAUAGAGUAAGUCUAGUGAAAAGAAAGAAUAAAAGGAAUCCCAGUGAUUCUUCGUCGUCUAUGGUCUGUAUUUUGUUAAGCUCAUUGUUGUUAUCGUUACCAAUAUCGGGCCAAUUGUAUUAAAACCCUCAAACCAGUUAAUACCACCACUAUCAACUUCAUCAUCAUCAUCAUCGUCUUCUUUAACGACAAAGCGCCUGGUUUUUUCCGGUCUUGUCUCUCAAGCAUUUUUUAUGCCAUUCUUCUGUUAACGAGCAUUUGUUGUUAUCACAUUUGCUUGGCUGUCGUGCAGUGCGGCGCCAUCUAUUGUAUAUAUACACAAUAACACAGCUGCAACAUAAAUUUGCCAAAAGCAUUGCAUACUGUGGGGGGUUGAGUUAAAUUCCUCACUCGACAGGCCGCCGCUAUACUCAAUUUUUCAAGUCCCUACUCCAUUCAAGUCAAUUUCCUGCGUGUGUGUGUCUCCGCGUGUUUUGUUGUAAAUAAUGGGGCUGCAAGUGGCAGCAUUGCCAACAGCAGCCAAUAUUGUUGCAGUCACAAUCCUCCUCGCAUUGUUAAUCUGGACGCCAGUUGUUAUUGAUGCAGUCCAUGCAAAUUUUUCGGAUUUUCCUUAUAUACAAUACCUGACACAUCCACCGGAAAUCAUCAAGAAACCUCAAAACCAGGGCGUCCGAGUGGGAGGAGUAGCAACAUUUUAUUGUGCGGCCAGAGGUGAUCCACCACCUACAAUAGUGUGGCGUAAAAAUGGAAAGAAAGUAUCAGGCACCCAAUCACGUUACACGGUAUUGGAACAACCGGGCGGUGUUUCAAUAUUACGCAUCGAGCCUGUACGUUCUGGACGUGAUGAUGCUCCCUACGAGUGCGUAGCUGAGAAUGGUGUUGGUGAUGCUGUAUCAGCAGAUGCUACAUUAACAGUAUAUGAAGUUGACAAACCACCUCCAGGCUUUCCGGUUAUCACGCAGCAUCCCAGCACUCGUGUCAUUGAAGUGGGCCACACAGCAACAAUGCAGUGUAAGGCUACCGGUAAUCCAACACCUUUGAUAUAUUGGAUUAAGAAUCAGACACGAGUCGACAUGAGUAAUCCACGCUAUUCGAUGAAAGACGGUGGCCUACAAAUUGAAAAUAGCCGUGAAGAGGAUCAGGGUAAAUAUGAGUGUGUGGCUGAGAAUUCAGUGGGCACAGAACACUCCAAGGCCAACAAUCUUUAUGUGAAAGUACGACGUGUAUCUCCCACUUUCUCAAGACCCCCAGAGCCCAUAAAUGAAGUAAUGUUGGGCUCGAAUCUGAAUUUAUCCUGUAUAGCGGUGGGUUCACCCAUGCCCCAUGUAAGAUGGACAAAAGGUGCCCAAGACUUGACUCCUGAAAAUAGCAUACCCAUUGGCCGAAAUAUAUUGGAAUUAACAAACAUACAACAAAGUGCAAAUUAUACCUGUAUAGCUGCCUCAUCAUUGGGUCAAAUCGAAGCCACGGCCGUGGUGAAAGUUCAAUCUUUACCUACCGCUCCCACGGAUAUACAAAUUUCUGAAGUAACAGCCACCUCUGUACGUCUGGAAUGGUCUUAUAAAGGCCCUGAGGAUUUGCAGUAUUAUGUGAUACAAUAUAAACCCAAGAACGCUAAUCAGGCUUUCAGCGAGAUUAGCGGUAUUAUAACCAUGUACUAUGUGGUACGAGCACUGAGUCCUUAUACUGAAUAUGAAUUCUAUGUGAUAGCUGUAAAUAAUAUUGGUAGAGGACCUCCAUCUAUACCAGCGACUUGUACCACUGGUGAGACAAGCGAUUUUACAUAUGGUGGAGCAAAAAUGGAAAGUGCUCCACGUAAUGUACAAGUACGACCCUUAUCAUCAUCAACCAUGGUCAUAACAUGGGAACCACCAGAGACGCCCAAUGGACAAGUGACCGGUUACAAAGUUUACUACACCACCAAUCCAAAUCAACCUGAAGCCUCAUGGGAUUCUCAAAUGGUUGAUAAUAGUGAAUUGACAACCAUAUCGGAAUUAACGCCUCAUGCCAUCUAUACGGUGCGCGUACAGGCUUACACAUCGAUGGGUGCCGGUCCUAUGUCCACUCCGGUGCAAGUGAAAACACAACAGGGUGUCCCCUCACAACCGAGCAAUUUCCGGGCCACCGAUAUUGGCGAGACCGGUGUUACAUUGCAAUGGUCAAAACCCUCACAUUCCAGUGAAAAUAUUGUUCAUUAUGAAUUGUACUGGAAUGACACAUAUGCAAAUCAGGAUCAUCACAAGCGUAUCUCCAAUACUGAAUCAUAUACGCUAGAUGGUUUGUAUCCUGAUACCUUAUACUAUAUAUGGCUGGCUGCUCGUUCCCAAAGAGGCGAAGGUGCAACAACUCCACCCAUACCCGUCCGUACAAAACAAUAUGUACCAGGUGCCCCACCACGCAAUAUCACCGCCUCAGCUACUGGGCCCACUACCAUUGCUGUCAAUUGGCUGCCACCGCCGGCAGAACGUUCGAAUGGCCGAAUUAUCUAUUACAAGGUAUUCUUUGUGGAUGUUGGUCGCUCCGACAAUGAGGCCACCAUAACCACCUUGAACAAGACGAGCAUUGUUUUGGAUGAAUUGAAACGUUGGACCGAAUACAAGAUUUGGGUGUUGGCCGGCACAUCGGUGGGCGAUGGACCGCGCUCGCAUCCAAUCAUAAUGCGAACUCACGAAGAUGUGCCUGGAGAUCCUCAAGAAGUUAAGGCUACUCCGUUAAAUUCUACAUCCAUACAUGUCAGUUGGAAACCACCAUUGGAAAAAGAUCGUAACGGCAUUAUCAGAGGCUAUCAUAUUCAUGUGCAGGAAGUAAGAGAUGAGGGGAAAGGCUUCCUCAAUGAACCUCUUAAGUAUGAUGUCGUUGAUGCCCUGGAGUAUAAUGUCACCGAUUUGCAACCCGAUACUAAAUAUUCCAUUCAAGUGGCCGCUUUGACCCGCAAAGGUGAUGGUGAUCGUAGUCCUGCCGUUAUAGUCAAAACUCCUGGUGGUGUACCUGUGCGGCCUACUGUUAGUCUCAAGAUAAUGGAACGUGAUCCCACGGUCUCCAUUGAACUGGAAUGGGAGAGACCUGCUCAAACCUAUGGAGAACUAAGGGGAUAUCGCCUGAAGUGGGGCAUUAAGGACCAAACUCUCAAAGAGAUGCUUAUGGGGCCUCAUGAAACCAAGAAACCCUUUAAGGAUCUAGAACGAGGCGUUGAAUAUGAAUUCCGUGUGGCCGGCAGCAAUCACAUAGGCAUUGGCCAAGAAACAGUCAAAAUCUUCCAAACACCCGAAGGUGUGCCCAGUGGUCCACCCUCGAACAUCACCAUACGCUUCCAAACUCCCGAUGUGGUAUGCGUCACCUGGGAGCCCCCAAUUCGGGAGCAUCGUAAUGGCAUUAUAACCCGUUUUGAUGUGCAAUUCCAUAAGAAAAUCGAUCACGGUCUAGGCUCUGAACGUAAUAUGACCCUACGCAAAGUUGUUUUCACCAAUCUGGAAGAGAAUACCGAAUAUAUUUUCCGAAUUCGAGCCUACACCAAACAGGGUGCCGGACCCUUCAGUGAGAAAAUCCUUAUCGAAACCGAAAGAGAUAUGGGUCGUGCACCUAUGUCUGUUCAGGCUGUGGCUACUUCAGAGCAAACUGCUGAAAUUUGGUGGGAACCGGUUCCCUCGCGAGGAAAACUCUUAGGCUACAAGAUUUUCUAUACCAUGGCAGCUGUGGAUGAUAUGGAUGAGUGGCAAAGCAAAACUGUGGGGCUAACGGAAUCUGCAGAUUUGGUAAAUUUGGAAAAGUUUGCCCAAUACUCCGUAGCCAUAGCAGCCAGAUUUAAAUCCGGCCUGGGCCGCCUUAGUGAAAAGGUCAAUGUCAAAAUCAAGCCCGAGGAUGUGCCUUUGAAUUUGAGGGCUCAUGAUGUCACCACCCAUUCCAUGACUCUCAGCUGGUCGCCGCCCAUAAGAUUGAACCCUGUUAGCUAUAAGAUCUCCUAUGAUGCCAUGAAGGUGUUUGUAGACUCGCAAGGCUUCUCCCAAACUCAAAUUGUUCAAAAACGUGACAUCAUACUAAAGGCCUACGCCAAGAGCCAUACCAUCAAUGAGCUGAGUCCCUUCACCACCUAUAAUGUUAAUGUGAGUGCCAUGCCCAGUGAUUAUUCCUAUCGCCCGCCCACUAAAAUCACUGUCACCACCCAAAUGGCUGCUCCUCAGCCCAUGGUGAAACCUGACUUCUAUGGUGUGGUCAAUGGUGAAGAGAUUUUGGUUAUUUUGCCUCAGGCUUCCGAGGAAUAUGGCCCCAUUUCUCAUUACUAUUUGGUGGUGGUGCCUGAGGAUAAGUCUAAUUUGCACAAGAAUCCUGAUCAGUUUCUCACCGAAGACCUCAUUCCCGGCAGGAAUAAGCCCGAAAGGCCCAAUGCUCCGUAUAUAGCGGCGAAAUUUCCUCAGCGAUCAAUACCCUUUACCUUCCACUUGGGCUCCGGUGAUGACUAUCACAACUUCACCAAUCGCAAACUGGAACGUGAGAAACGCUAUCGCAUUUUUGUACGCGCAGUGGUGGAUACUCCACAAAAACAUUUGUACACUUCCAGCCCUUUCUCCGAAUUCCUCUCCUUGGACAUGAGAGAAGCUCCUCCCGGUGAAAGGCCCCACAGACCCGAUCCCAACUGGCCCUCAGAGCCUGAGGUCUCUGUGAAUCGCAACAAAGCAGAACCUGGUAUGAUGUGGGUAAUCCUACCGGUGCUGGCCGCCCUCAUCUUGUCCGCCACGUUUAUUGUAAUCUAUGUGAUAAAGCAUCGGAGACAACCUUGUAAGACACCGGACCAAGCUGCGGUUACUAGACCUCUGAUGGCAGCCGAUUUAGGAGCCGGACCCACACCCAGCGAUCCCGUUGAUAUGAGACGCCUGAACUUCCAAACUCCUGGCAUGAUUUCUCAUCCUCCCAUACCCAUCUCUGAAUUCGCCAAUCAUGUUGAGCGCCUUAAAGCGAACGACAAUCAGAAAUUCUCUCAGGAAUACGAAAGCAUAGAGCCGGGCCAACAAUUCACCUGGGAUAACUCCAACUAUGAAUACAACAAGCCCAAGAAUCGUUAUGCCAAUGUUACCGCCUACGAUCAUUCUCGUGUCAUUCUACCCCUUAUGGAUGGUGUGGUAGGUUCAGAUUACAUUAAUGCCAAUUACUGCGACGGCUAUCGCAAGCAUAAUGCAUAUGUGGCCACCCAAGGUCCUCUGCAGGAUACCAUAUCGGACUUUUGGCGCAUGUGCUGGGAAUUGAAGACGACUACGAUUGUAAUGAUGACACGUUUGGAAGAGAGAACCCGCAUUAAAUGUGACCAGUACUGGCCCACCAGAGGUACUGAAACCUAUGGUCAAAUGUUUGUCACCAUCACCGAAACCCAGGAAUUGGCCACCUACAGUAUACGAACCUUCCAAUUGUGUCGUCAGGGCUUCAAUGAACGUCGCGAGCUUAAGCAACUACAGUUCACCGCCUGGCCCGAUCAUGGUGUACCCGAUCAUCCGGCACCUUUCCUACAAUUCUUGCGCAGAUGUCGUGCUUUGACUCCACCCGAUUCGGGACCCGUUGUCGUCCAUUGUUCCGCUGGUGUGGGACGUACAGGUUGUUACAUAGUCAUUGACUCCAUGUUGGAACGCAUGAAGCAUGAGAAGAUAGUGGACAUUUAUGGCCAUGUCACUUGCCUGCGAGCCCAACGCAAUUAUAUGGUCCAAACCGAAGAUCAGUACAUCUUCAUACACGAUGCCAUUUUGGAGGCCAUCAUAUGUGGUCACACUGAAGUGCCAGCCCGCAACCUUCACACCCACUUACAGAAACUUUUGACCACAGAGCCUGGAGAGAGUAUUACCGGCAUGGAAAUUGAAUUUAAGAAACUGUCCAAUGUCAAAGUAGACUCUUCGAAGUUUGUUACGGCCAAUUUGCCCUGUAAUAAGCACAAAAAUCGUCUGGUCCAUAUAUUACCGUAUGAAUCUUCACGUGUCUAUUUGACCCCCAUACACGGUGUUGAGGGUAGCGAUUAUAUAAAUGCCAGUUUUAUAGAAGGAUAUCGCUAUCGUUCGGCCUAUAUUGCAGCUCAAGGUCCUUUGCAGGACACUGCUGAAGAUUUCUGGAGAAUGUUAUGGGAACAUAAUUCCACCAUUGUGGUGAUGUUAACAAAACUUAAGGAAAUGGGCAGGGAAAAGUGCUAUCAGUAUUGGCCUCAUGAACGUUCGGUGCGCUAUCAAUAUUAUGUGGUUGAUCCAAUUGCCGAAUACAAUAUGCCGCAGUAUAAAUUAAGAGAAUUUAAGGUAACCGAUGCCCGCGAUGGAUCUUCCCGCACUGUGCGACAAUUCCAAUUCAUCGAUUGGCCCGAACAGGGAGUACCCAAAUCGGGUGAGGGCUUUAUCGAUUUCAUUGGCCAAGUCCACAAGACCAAAGAACAAUUUGGCCAAGAUGGACCCAUAACUGUGCAUUGUAGUGCUGGUGUGGGACGUUCAGGUGUUUUCAUUACUUUGAGUAUUGUAUUGGAGCGCAUGCAAUAUGAGGGUGUUCUGGAUGUAUUCCAAACUGUGCGCAUAUUAAGGGCUCAGCGUCCAGCUAUGGUGCAGACUGAGGAUCAAUAUCAUUUUUGUUAUCGUGCUGCUUUGGAAUAUUUGGGGUCAUUUGAUAAUUAUACCAAUUAGUUGAAGUAGAAAACAUUAUCUGUAUAACAGAUUGUUUUUUAGCAGAGGCCUAAUCUGCUAAUUUAAAUUCCCUUAACCCCACAAAGCUCUGGAAAUAGGAGCUGAAAUUGAGAAAAAUGUUUAACAAAAUUUUAAGCAUAUUGCAUGAAAAGAAUAUUUUUGGCAUUUUGUGUUAUAGGAACCAUGUUUGUGAAGAAAACAGCAGUGAUGUGAAAAAAACAUUGAUAUGCAAAGAUGUAUGAAAGUGUUUGGUAGACAAAUCGCAUAGGACAAAGAUUAAAGGGAUUUGUAAGGUUUUUAGACUUUUAGUUACAUUGUAAGAACUUUUAGUUUUUUUUUUUGCAGUUCAGCAAUUUUUUUUCCAGGUCAUUUGUUUUUUGUGCUUCUAUUUAAGUUUAGAAUAUAUACUGCCAUAAUUAUUUCAGGUGAUGCUAUUAACAUAUCCUUAGGCGUAAAUUUGAGUAAAAAAGAUAUUCUAAAAUGGUUUUAGGUAUAAACAUUUAUGAUUUUCCUUAAAAUUAGGUUAUAAGGCCUAUGAUGAUGAAAAAAAGCGCAUGCAAACAUUUUUAAUAUUUUUUUUAAUUUUUAGUUCAUAAUUUUAAAACUUAAAAUUAUAGUAUUAACCAUUUUAAAAUAAUUAUUUAUAAUGAUUUAAUAGAUUUAAUAAGAGUUAAAUAUGACACAUUCAUGAAGUACUAUUUUACACCUUACUACGACCCAAUUGAUGAAAACAGUUGCUUGUAAAAACGUACAUUUUAAGUUUUGGUCCAACGAAGUUUUAAAGGAAUUGAAGUUUUAAAUCGUACAUUGAGGAUACGACAGAACAAAUUGAAUACUCAGAAACACAAAACUCCAGCUUUUAUACUGAGAUGAGAGUUUAAGUUUUGUUUCACUUCACAACAUGUACAACUAUUUUUCUUUUUAGUUGAAUGAUGGGAAAGUUAAAAAUGCAGUAAAUGGACUUGUUUGAGGAGACCAAGAAGAGUUCAAAUAAAUGUUUCCACGAUUCUUUAUUUUCAGAUAUAAUCAAACAAAUGUUUGAAGUUUUUAAAGCUGAUUGACAACAAGCAAGCCAUUUUAAAGAAUUUCCCCAAAUUUGAAUUUUUUAAUUUUUUUUUUUAUAUAUUUAGUUCUGAACAUUAUAAAAAUUAUGCUGUGUUGGGCCUUAAUGCUUUUACGAUUAUAAUAAACGCAUUGUUAUACUAAUAAUAGGGUUUAUUAAAGACUUAAGAAAAAUCAUUUCGUUACUUUAAAAAAUGAGAAGGUGAAUUGAGGGAGCAAAAAAGGAGACACGCAUGAUAAAACACAGAAUUGUCAAAUUGCCAUAUUUUUGUUAUUUCAAUUGCCAGAUUUGAACCGACUGUACGUCUCAUUUAGUAAAAAACUUUAUUCUUCAUUUUUGCACAUCAUCUUUCAUCAUUGUUGCAAAAAGAACGCUUCCACACGGAAAGCAAUCACAUUUUUGGAAUAUUUUUAGGAGCAUAAUGAAUAAACUUUUGGCUGAAAUUGAUCGCUACCUACAAUAUUAUUGUAACGACCCUAAAUUAAACUUUUAACUUAAGGCAUUACUAUUUGUAGGCACAUUGAAGUAUGGCCAUUUCCACUCAUAAUUUCCUUUUUGUCUUUUUCCUUAAGUCUUCUCCAUAGCUGAGCAAUAUAUGCUUAUGAAAC